AUGGAACUAGAUGGUGAGUUUAACUAUGAGCGUGAUGAGCAAAUCAUCCCCAAGGUGCUUUGUUGCAUGUGUGGUCUUUUAAUUGACAGUAAUCCAUGUAAUAUGUGUCCUUCUUGUUUACGCUCACAUGUUGAUAUUACCGCCUCCCUGCAGAAGGAAUAUAUUAUUGUCUACUGUCCAGAGUGUGCACGUUAUUUACAACCACCACAGUAUUGGAGUCGUGCGGAUCUUGAAAGUCGUGAGUUACUUACUAUUUGCCUAAAACGUAUAAAAGGUAUGAAUAGAAAUGUUUUUAAGUUAAUGGAUGCUGGAUUUAUAUGGACAGAACCACACUCUAAACGAUUAAAGGUGAAAUUGGUACUCCAAAAGGAGGUGAUGAGUAAUAUUGUUAUUCAACAGGCAUGUGUGGUGGAGUACGUGGUGCUUUGGCAACAGUGCCCGACCUGUCAAAAGGUGGCAACGGGUCAACCCCAAUGGGAUGCAUGUGUACAACUUCGACAGAAGGCCGCACAUAAGAAAACAUUCUUAUAUCUUGAGCAACUUAUUUUAAAACAUAAAUUGCAUGAGAACUUUACACGUAUUGAAUCCCAACCAGAAGGAUUGGAUUUCUUUUUUGGUCAUAAAAGUCAUGCUAUGAACUUUUUAGAGUUUUUAAAUCGUAAUAGUCCUGUUACUCGACGAGAUGCGGUUCAGUUGGUUUCACAUGAUAGUAAGAAUAACACAGCUGUUCAACAUUACACCUUUUCACUUGAGAUUUCUCCAGUUUGUCGAGAGGAUUUAUUAUUAUUACCUUAUCAAAACUAUUAUCUUAAGCUUGGAGGUCUUGGACCACUUGUUCUUGUGCAUAAGGUUUACAGCAGUAUUGUACUUCUCGACCCAAAGACCCUUCGCGCUGGUGAAUUCACUGGAACCUUUUACUGGAAAAAACCAUUUCAACCCCUUAUGAAUUCCCGUCAAUUGACGGAGUUUUAUGUUCUCCAAUGCAAUUUAACAGGUGUGACGAAUGGACGUUAUCAACUUGGUGUAGUGACGGUGUGUCUCUCCAGUGAAGUUGGGGCUGGACGUGAGUGGAUUGUCUCCUCGCAUCUCGGCGGUAUUCUCCAGCCCGGUGAUCUCGCGAUGGGAUAUCUGCUGGAGGGCACCAACUUCAAUAAUGAGGAGUGGGACAGCCAGCGGUAUAAACCGGACCAACUGCAGGAAGUCAUUCUCGUGCGGAAACACUUCCCCGCCCAGAAGGCGCGUCGGCACAAACGUGUGUGGAAACUUAAACAUUUGGAUGUGAUGGAUCCCGUCGCGAUGGGCCGAUCGGCGAAACUGCAGGAGGAGUUGGAGGAGGAGCGGCGGGAGUUUGAGGAUGAUCUCGAGCGGGAUGCCGAACUCCGCCGCGAUGUGCCCAUCUACAAGAUGUUAGACUCCGAGUUGGCAGAGCGACAGGGGAAGAAGGAUAAACGGGAAUCAACCACACAACAACAGGAUCAUCCUAACGGUACAACUACUACUCAACAAGAAGCAGAAGAAGAUGAGGAUGAUGAGGAGGUACCGCAGAUUGGAUUGGAGGAACUUUUGGAUGAACUGCGUAUUGAGGAUGAUGUGAUUGAUAAUGAUAACGCCGUGAAUGCCACAGCACAGGGAGCAGAGGAGGAGGAAGAGGAGGAACAUUUACGGAAGAAACAGCGGGCGGAGUAA